UUAACGCCUCUUCUCUCUCCACCUUCAACACUUCCAACCGAUACCAUCUCUGAUUUCUCUCCAUUGCAAUACAUCAUCUCUCCUCCCUUCGAUUGGACCCUUCCUCAUUCUCCGUCGCCACCGGCCGCAGCCUGUUUGCAACAGUUGAAACAGAAGAAGAUUUCUCUGAUUAGAGUGAGAAAUCCAAAGCAGAGAACAAGUAACAGAAAAACUCUUAUUACAAUCUCCAACGACAAGGACUUAAAGAGGAUGAUAAAGUUUCAUGGAGAUUCUAACACUGCUGAUGUUUAUAUCAUGAUGGAAGAAAUUGUUGAGCCUGAUGUCUCAAACAUGCCCGCCAGUAGAUCAAGCAGAAGAACUCUUUCGGAAGCAGUGCCUCCAGUUAAUUCACCCCUUGAUGUUGUGGAAGACAUCGUGGAUGAUACUAAUAAUCCAGACAUCCCACUUGGUGCAUCACUUGAAGUUGUAGUUGAUACCCACCAUAUUGAUGUGAAUGUUGAUGAUACACAGAUCGAGCUCCCUGCCGAAAUCUCGCCCAUUCUUCCACAUGUUAAUUCCAAUGAUGAGAAGCAUGCGAAAGCUGCCCAUCAGUGGCAGAAUAUUAUCACAGGUAUUGGCCAAAGAUUCAGCAGUGCUCAUGAGUUUUGCGUACUAUUGCGUAAAUAUGCUAUUGCGCAUCAGUUUGCUUUUAGGUAUAAAAAGAAUGAAAGACACCGCGUGUUUGUCAAAUGCAAAGCCGAAGGUUGUCCUUGGAUAAUUCAUGCAUCAAAAUUAUCAACUAGUCAACUAAUAUGUAUCAAGAAGAUGAAUCCAACACAUACAUGUGAAGGUACCGCUGUGACAAAGGGGCAUCAGGCAACUAGGAGUUUUGUGGCGACUAUUAUUAAGGAGAAGUUGAAAAUUUUCCCCAACUACAAGCCCAAGGAUAUUGUCAAUUAUAUGAAAGAGGAAUAUGGAAUCCAGCUUAAUUACUUUCAGGCCUGGCGUGGGAGAGAAAUAGCAAAGGAGCAGCUUCAUGGCUCGUAUAAAGAGGCAUUUAAUCAAUUACCCUUUUUCUGUGAGAAGAUAAUGGAGACCUAUCCGGGUAGUUUUGCCACCUUCACUACUAAGGGAGACUCAAGUUUCCAUCGUCUGUUUGUCUCAUUUCAUGCCUCGUUGUAUGGCUUUCAACAAGGUUGCCGACCUCUCCUUUUUCUUGGUAAAAUACCAUUAAAGUCAAGAUAUGAUUGUAAAUUGUUGACUGCGACAGCCGCAGAUGGGAAUGAUGGAGUUUUUCCUGUUGCUUUUGCUCUAGUAUGCUUUGAAACUGUUGAUAACUGGCAUUGGUUUUUAUUGCAAUUGAAAACUGCACUAUCAGCAAUACCUUGUCAUAUAACAUUUGUAGCAAACAAAGAGAUGGGUCUAAGGGAGUCUAUUGCUGAGAUAUUUACUGAUUCAUAUCAUGCUUAUUGCCCAUACCACUUAUCUAAAGGACUUAUAAAAUCCGUGCGGUGGGAAUGUUCUAGUGAGGAGUGGCGUCUCUUGGCUAAAGAUCUUUAUGCUGCUGCUUAUGCGCUGAGACCAGAAGGAUUCCAGAAGAGCAUUGAAAGCAUCAAAGGCAUUUCUGUGAAAGCAUACAAUUGGAUCAUAGAGAUUGAGCCCCAGAAUUGGGCAAAUGCAUUCUUUCAGGGUACAAGAUGUAACCAUAUGACAUCACACUUUGGAGAGCCGUUUUACAGCUGGUUUACUGAUGCAGAUGAAUUACCAAUAACACAGGUGGUUAAUGUGAUACGGGGUAAGAUUAUGGAGUUGCUUUAUACAAGACAAGCAGAUUCCAAUCUGUGGAUGUCACGAAUAACACCAUCCAUGGAAGAAAAGCUGGAAAAGGAGAACCUAAAAGCCCGUAAUCUACAAGUCAUACUGUUAGCUGGGAGCACUUGGGAAGUUCGUGGUGACACUAUUGAAGUGGUUGAUAUGGAUCAUUGGGGUUGUAGUUGCAAAGGGUGGCAGCUUCAUGGUUUGCCAUGCUGCCAUGCUAUUGCCGUCAUUACCUGUAUGGGACGGAGUGCAUAUGACUAUUGUUCCAGAUAUUUCACAACGGGAAUGUACAGACUAACAUAUUCAGAGACAAUACAUCCUGUUCCCAAUCUGGACAGGCCUGUACAGGCAGAUCCUUCCCAGGUUGCAGUGACUGUAACUCCUCCCACUUGUUAUGCAGGCCGACCAACAGCAGGGGGUGACUGGUUGCUAGAUGAAGUAAGGAAGGCUCUUGGACACAAAAAAUCCACUUGCAAAGAAUCCUUGUAAUGUUCAAGAUACUGUAUGUAGGUCACCCAUGUUUACCUUGCAGUAAAUUUUUAAAUGGGAUGUGUACAGGGAUUCAAUUACAUCUUGGCAAAUGCAUUUCUGAAAUAUCUAUGGUCAAUAGGUUAACCGUGAGUUUAUGUCAUCCCGUCUGCUGAUCACCACUUCUCCAGGUAAGCUUGCAUGCAUACACACAACAAUAAUAUUAGCACUCAACUUUCUCAGAAAUUUCUUCCCGCUAAAGGGAUCAAAGGAUCAGGGACAUGACAAUCUCUACGUCUAACAGCUUUUUUUCUGAAGGAAAUGUAAGACAUGUAAACCUGUAAUUUAGUGUAAAAAAGAAUGCAUGUAUUAGGGUACUGCUUGAUAUCUGUGAAAGGAAGAUGAGUAAUGUUAAGCUUCUGCAUCGGAAGGGGAUUGAAACUUUUCUUCAACAUUUUAUCCAAUAUAUAAAAACAAUCCUAAAUCAUGCGGUAAAUUCAUAAGGCUAAAUAUAGACAAUAAUGUAAUGGACCAUAGGAUCGUUUUUUAGAAAUUGACUUAA